AUGGCGCCCGCAGCAUCCUCCGGCGGCAAGAAACAAAAGAAGAAGUGGUCGAAGGGAAAGGUCAAGGACAAGGCCAACCACGCCGUUGUUCUGGACAAGGCCACUUCCGACAAGCUCAACAAGGACGUCCAAUCGUACCGCCUCAUCACCGUGGCCGUUCUGGUCGACAGAUUGAAGAUCAAUGGCUCGUUAGCACGAAAGGCCCUUGCCGACCUUGAGGAUCGCGGCGUCAUCCGCAAGGUUGUCCACCACCACAGUGGCAGCAUCUACACGAGAGCGGCAGCCGAGAGCGAUUAA